AUGAGCGACGAGGGCAACAAUCGGUGUUGCCGGGUGGACCAUCGGGAAGCCCAGCCGCCCCUGCCUCCGCCGCCUCCGCCCCCGCCACCUGGAGAGCCGGCCCUGGUCCCCACCUCCCCACGCUACCGGCCGCCUCUGCCCGCUCCUCCAGAGCGCACCGCGGGGUCGGGCGAGCCGCCGCUAGAGGUGGCCCCGCGGCGCAAGGGUGCGGAUGAGCGGCUGCCGCCAGCUCUGUUGCCCCGCGAGCAGGAGGUGUCAGCGGCCGGCGACUCUUGUGAAGGUCGGAGGCGCCUUCCUGAGGUGGCGGUCCCCGAGAAAACGGCGGAGAAAGGCAGUCCGGGGGAGCCCGAGGCCGGCGCGUGUGGGGAGGGCGAGCGGCGCGGCACAGGAGAACAGCCCGAAACACGCUCCGUGUGCAGCAGCCGCAGCAGCAGCAGCGGCGGCGGUGGCGACCAACGCUCGGGGCAUCAUCAUCAGCACCAUCAGCCCAUUUGCAAGAUCUGCUUCCAAGGCGCUGAGCAGGGUGAGUUGCUAAACCCCUGCCGAUGUGAUGGGUCUGUGCGGUACACACACCAGCUGUGUCUUCUGAAAUGGAUCAGCGAGAGGGGCUCUUGGACCUGUGAGUUGUGCUGCUAUAGGUACCACGUCACAGCCAUUAAGAUGAAGCAACCUUGCCAGUGGCAAAGCAUUUCUAUAACACUGGUUGAGAAAGUUCAGAUGAUUGCUGUAAUCCUAGGAUCCCUGUUCUUAAUAGCGAGUGUGACUUGGCUCCUCUGGUCAGCCUUCAGCCCCUAUGCAGUGUGGCAGAGGAAGGACAUCCUUUUUCAAAUCUGCUAUGGAAUGUAUGGUUUUAUGGAUCUAGUGUGCAUAGGCCUCAUUGUCCAUGAAGGAGCUGCAGUUUACAGAGUAUUCAAACGAUGGCGAGCUGUCAAUUUGCACUGGGAUGUAUUGAAUUACGACAAAGCCACAGACAUUGAAGAGAGCAGCCGAGGAGACUCUUCCACAAGUAGGACUUUGUGGUUACCAUUGUCAGCUCUGAGGAACAGGAACUUGGUCCACCCCACGCAGCUAACCUCACCACGGUUUCAGUGUGGCUAUGUGCUAUUACAUUUAUUCAAUCGGAUGCGGACCCAUGAGGAUGGGUCGGAAGACAAUGGCUCCGGGGAGGUGGUAAUGAGAGUGACAUCCGUGUGA